AUGCGAUCUUUCACUUCUCUGACGACCCUAUGCGGUCUGUCGCUCGUGACCCUUCCCUCAGCCCUCGCUCAGAACGACAGCUUCGUGUGCACAGGUAUUAAUGCGGCCAACACCUUUAAUGCCUCGACCACGUAUCUGGGCUGCUGGACCGACGACACUGUCAGGACGCUCAAUGGACCUCAGAUCAAUAUUGCCCAGAACGACCCACAAGUCUGUGCCAACGCUUGUGGAUACCGUGGCUACAAUAUCAGUGCAGUCGAGUAUACGACCCAAUGCUUCUGCGGUACGGCCAUUAAUCCCGUAGCUCAGAAGCUCAGCGAAAGCAAUUGCACCUAUGUCUGUCCUGGAAAUCCAGCUCAAGUGUGCGGAGGGACAUAUGUGAUGAACAUAUAUGAGAUCAACAAUCCCAACCCCAACCCGCCUCCGGUCGAAUCGAAGCGAUCACCAGUCUGCCAGACCAAUCCUUUCUGCGCCAACAAAGCCUGCGAUACCUCUCUUACUCAAAGCGAGCGUAUUGCUGCCCUACUGUCACAGCUCACUGUUCGAGAGAAGGCCGACAACCUCGUCGACUCCGCCGCUGGUGUUGACAGACUUGGCCUGCCUCCUUACGAGUGGUGGUCUGAGGCUCUGCAUGGAGUAGCUUCCAGUCCGGGAGUUACCUUCAACAGUCCUAAUGGAUCGAACUUCUCUUACGCCACUUCCUUCCCCACACCUAUCCUUAUGGGUGCAGCCUUCGACGAUCCGUUGAUCUACAGCGUUGCAUCUGUUGUUGGCAAAGAAGCUCGUGCGUUCGCCAACUACGCUCAGUCCGGUUACGACUUCUGGACGCCAAACAUCAACACCUUCCUUGACCCUCGAUGGGGACGCGGACUCGAAGUUCCUACUGAGGACUCCUUCCAUGCCCAAAGCUACGUCUCCAACCUCAUCCCUGGUCUACAAGGAGGACUCCAGAACACCGACUACAAGCAGAUCAUCGCCACCUGCAAGCACUACGCCGUAUACGACGUCGAGACCAACCGUAAUGGACAGAACUACGAUCCCACUCAACAGGAUCUUGGCGAGUACUACCUGAAGCCCUUCAAGACCUGUGUACGAGACGUCAACGUCGGGUCGAUCAUGUGCAGCUACAAUGCGGUCGACGGUGUUCCUGCCUGUGCCAGCGAGUAUCUCCUUCAGGACGUACUGAGGGAUGAGUGGGGUUUCACCGAGCCCUAUCGCUAUGUCACCUCCGACUGUGCCGCCGUCCAGAAUAUCUGGCAGCCGCAUAACUUCACUUCCAGCGAGGCUGCUGCUGCUGCUGUCGCGCUGAACGCCGGCACUGAUACCAAUUGUGGCUCUAGCUAUCUGCAGCUCAACAUAUCGGUGGCGAACAAUUGGACGACGGUGGCUCAGAUGGAUAAGUCGCUGACGAGACUGUACAAUGCUCUCUUCACUGUUGGCUACUUCGACGGCCAGCCAGAAUACGAUGGUCUCUCUUUCGCGGACGUAAGCACCCCGGCUGCCCAAGCGACUGCCUAUCAAGCAGCAUGGGAGGGCAUGACGCUUCUCAAGAACGAUGGUACCUUGCCGCUCAAGACAUCCUACGGCUCCGUGGCCAUGGUCGGACCCUGGGCGAACGCGACCACUCAGAUGCAAGGCAACUAUCAAGGUGUUGCGCCAUACCUAAACGGUCCUCUGACGGCAGCGAAAGCUCAAUGGGCCAAUGUGGUCUACGCUCAGGGUACUGCCAUCAACUCCACCAACUCGACAGGCUUUGCAGCCGCGCUGGCUGCCGCACAGGGUGCCGAUGUGAUCAUCUACCUGGGCGGUAUCGAUGUCAGCAUCGAGUCGGAAGGUCACGAUCGUUCCACCAUUUCGUGGCCUGGUAACCAGCUCGACCUCGUGCAACAGCUUUCGGCCCUCGGCAAGCCACUUGUCGUUGUCCAGUUUGGUGGUGGUCAGGUUGACGACAGUGCUCUGCUCAACAACACCAAGGUCAACUCGUUGGUUUGGGGCGGCUAUCCAGGACAAGAUGGUGGCUAUGCUCUCAUCGACGUCCUCGUUGCGAAGGUACCCAUCGCCGGUCGACUUACUACAACGCAAUACCCUGCCAACUACAUCAACGAGGUCAGCCUUUUCGAUCCAGAUCUCCGGCCCAGUAACUCCUCUCCAGGUCGCACGUACCAGUGGUACAACCAAGAGCCUGUCUUGCCCUUCGGAUAUGGACUCCAUUACACAGACUUUGAGGUCACCUGGUGCACACCGCCCAAGAGUUCUUACAGCAUUGGCAGCCUCGUUGGUGCUUCUCCGCCACCUUACCACGGCUACGGUGGCAGCUCCACAAACGCAACGAAGUCCAACGAUGCGUCUCCCUGGACGACUAUCUCAGCCUGGAUCGGCAAUGCCGGAGAUCUGAGCUCAGACUACGUCGGCCUCGUCUUCCUCAAGACCGCUAAUGCAGGGCCCGCGCCCUACCCGAACAAGUGGCUGGCCUCGUACGCUCGUCUUCACGGCUUGGCUUCUGGCGCUGCCGAAGAGCUGCAUUUUACUCUCAACCUUAACGCACUUGCACGAGCAAACUCGGACGGUGAUCUUGUGAUCUAUCCUGGCGAUUAUGAGAUGUUGAUCGACUAUGACUCAAGGUUGACGUUCAACUUUACUUUGACUGGGCAAGCUACGACCAUUGAUUCGCUGGUCAAGCAGCAGGCUAGCUAUAACUACACCGUGCCAGUACAGCCACAGCCGUAG